AAUGCAUUUAAAUGUAUAUAUUUUCGUUAUUUGUUCUGUUGCAAUCAGAGUGGGUGUACUUUUUUGUUAGGAUAUGUCACUGAAAGAGAGGAGGGUGGAAAGCGUCAGAGAGAGAGAGAGAGAGAGGGAGAGAGAGAGAGAGAGAGAAGGGGGAUUUUUACGUGAACUGCAGAGCUCAACAUACCAUUAUCUCAAGAAAAACGAAAAGUACAGUUAGGCAUUAAAGGGGACAUUUUUGAUGACUUCGGGAGAUUUGCUACGACUGUCAAACAACAUCACAUUAUCAUAUUCUUACUUUAGAGUGAAGGAGAGAAAAAAACUCGCUGGAUUGUUUUAUACAUCAUUAUUAGAGAAAAAAAACGCGGACUGGACGUCGUCAAUCACCGCCAAACGAGCUUUUUCUGCUUACUAAUGUUUGAUGUGUCACAGGAUGGAUUUGUAAUUUUUAUUUGAUGCAGAUUUUCUUUUUGAAAAGAUUAGAGACGAUCAGAUAGAGUCGGGAACUGAUCCAGGGAGUUUUCAGAAUUAUUAAUUAAUUGGACAUCGGUCUCAUUUUUGAGGGCGUAUUGCGUUUUUCUAUAAGAAUGACAUGCUUUGUCCCAUAUUUACUUCUCUCCUUUUUUACUCUUUUGGGAGUGGUGCGGAGUGCAUCAUACCCCCAGAGAUACAACCUUUAUACGGGGCAGCUCCAGGCCACACAGCCCCAUCAGCAGAAUGGGUUGAGGGCAGCCAGCAGGCACAGGAACUACUGUGCAUAUGUAGUAACUCGAACAGUGAGCUGUGUGGUAGAGGACGGUGUAGAGACCUAUGUGAAGCCAGACUACCAGCCAUGCUCCUGGGGGUCGAUUCAGUGCUCUCGCGUAGUAACGUACCGAACAUAUAUGAGACCUAGGUACAAAAUGGCAUACAAGAUGGUUACUGAGAUGGAGUGGAAGUGUUGUCAUGGUUACUCAGGAGAUGACUGCAGUGAAGGACCCACAGGAGGCCAGUCACAAGGGACUCAAAUCUCCACAGUUAGGCCCCGGUCCAAACCAGUACGCCCAGGACAGACGGGCUCCAACUCUGGGAAUGUACAGAUAGAAGGUGAAGGAAGACAUGACUCUGACAAGGUGAAAGAGUUAGAAGGCAAGGUCCAGAGUCUGACCAAAGAUCUACAUGACCUCCAGUCCACCCUGAGAGGGAUGAAUGAAAAGUUUCAUGAGGAGAUCCGCAAGACCCUAGAGACAGCUGUCAACGGCAAGCAGCCAGCUGAUGCUGCCCAUCCAGAGAUGAAGGAAACCCUCAGUGACAUUCAGAGAAGGAUGCAGCAUCUUGACAACCGUAUCCAGGUGCAUGAUAAAGAGCUGAAUCACCUGAACAACAAAUCUCAGACAAAUGGUGAAGGGGGUGAAAACUUCAUUGAACAUUCAGACACAAAAAUAAACCAAAAACUCACUGAAUUGAAGGGAGAGAUCGUGAGAGACUUAGAAAAGUCUUGCUCGGCCUGCCAAUCGCGAGUGGAGAACUUAAGGAGGCAGCAGGAGGAAGACAGAGACAGGAUCCGGGGGCUAGAAAAACUCAUUAACUCUGUGGACCAGCGGAACAAGCAGGUGAUGGAGAUUGUGCAGAAACACGUGUCAGGUUCAUCCAACCAGCCUUCAAGGGACUGUUGUGCCCAAGUGGACCAGAUCAAACAUAAAGUCAGUGACAUUGAGAGGAAGCUAGAUUCUGUGUCUAAGGCUUAUGAUGUUUUGAAUGGGCGGCUGGACAACGAGUUGGCUGAGAUUGAGAAGGAAUGCAUUUUGAAUAGAGAAGAGAAAGUAAGUGCCCUUCUGGAAAACUUAGAAAGCCGUCUAAACAUCACAGAGAGGAAUGCUGAAGAGUAUUCUCUCUUUGUCCAAACUGGCAUAAAGGGUUAUUUACAUAAGGAGAUAAAUGACUUGAGGAAUGAGUUUAAUGAUAGGUUUGAUGAAAAUGGGGCCAAAAUAUCUAACAUAGUUCAAAAUGUGGACAGCUUAAAGGACAUAGUUGUUGAGCAUGGCGAAGGCCUUAACAAAGUCUUCAUCCUCACAUCUGACAUGGAUACUCAUUUGACUUCAGCAGUUAACAGUUGUGCUGAAAUCUGUGUCAGCAGUGGGCCUCCACAUCCAGAAGAUGAUGACUCUAAAGUGUCAGAUGUAGUGAAAAAUUUGGAGUGGAAGGUCAUUGUAAAUGAAGGAGAGAUUCGAAACUUUGGAAACAAGAUAAAGAACCUCUCAAUCUCUGGAGAGUCACUGAGGAACACAGUGAUAGAUAUUGGCCGUGAUGUACAGAAACUGAAGACCUUGACAGGACACAAUGGUGAACAUUUCAAUAUGAUUGUUACUAACAUAGAGAACCUUGAGAAAGAACUAGAUUCCACUGCCUCUACAAGUCUUACCAUUUGCAGCUCUGUAGAAAACCAACUUGUUUCUCUGCGGAAUGAGACAGAAGACUACUUAGAUAAACUGGCUACGGAUCUGAAUAACAUACGUACCAGAGUGGAUUCUGGGGACACAACUUGUGCCCAAAUAUGCUCAAACCUACAGGAAGAAGUCGGGAAACUAAAGGAAGUAGAAAAAUGCAGCGGACAAUGUAAGGUAGUCUUGAAGAGGCCAGACGAAGGCCAGGCAGGAGGGGAUGGUCUAAACCAGCAGAAACCUUUGGAUGGGCACAGCGUUAUCGGCGGUACUUCCAGCGUCAACUUGAAGUCUAUUCAAGGAGAGCUUUCAGAGGUCAUUCUGACAUUCAACUCCAUUAAUGACACACUCAAGGGCCUGGAACAUACAGUGCAGAAGCACACUAGUGUUAUCCAUGACCUGGGCACCACUAAGGACAAAAUCAUCUCUGAGAUCGACAAAAUCCAGCAGGAGGUGAACGAGCACAUUGAGGACAGCAAAGGCAGGUUCGACCAUGUCAGUAGGGAGAUCCAUCGAUUUGGUAACAACUUCAUGGUAGAAAUGGGUGACUGUAAACAGUCAUCUGACGGCCUGGAAAAGAGGAUUUCCAAGAUGGAGAACCUUUGCGGAAAGCUUGACACAGUGUCAGGCAGCUUGGAAAGAAUUAAGGAUGGCCUGAACAAACAUGUGUCCAGCCUCUGGAACUGUGUCCAUGGGUUGAAUAGUACAGUCAUUACCCACAGUGGCUACUUGGACACCAUUCAGAACACACAGCUGGAUGGAAUUAAUCAGCGACUAAACUUCUUGAACUCCUCCAUGCUCACCUUAUUCAAUGAGUUCCAGGACUUUACCCAUCAGGACUUUAUGGGGCUUCCAGGUCCACCAGUCCACCAGGGAGAGAGAGGUUUCCAAGGACCCCCUGGACCACAGGGGAUCCCAGGUAGGGAUGGAGCAACAGGCAGACCAGGAGAACAAGGGCCAAUGGGACCCCCAGGUGUCAGAGGCGAACAAGGUCUUCCUGGUCUAUAUACUUCGGUACCAAGGGUUUCAUUUUCAGCAGCUCUGACAUACCCACAAGUGGAUGCUGGAACAAUCCUUUUUGAUAAGGUCUUAGUGAAUGACGGUCACUUCUACGAUCCUUCUACUGGAAUCUUUAAGGCUCCUUAUGAUGGGCGAUACUUCUUCAGUGCCAUCUUGACUGGCCACAAGAAUGAGAAGAUUGAAGCCGUGCUCUCCAAGUCCAACUAUGGGAUUGCACGGGUGGACUCAUCCGGAUACCAGCCUGAGGGGCUGGAGAACAAACCUGUGGCUGAAACCAAGCCCACCCCAGGCUCCCUAGCCGUCUUCAACAUCAUCCUCCCGCUGAAGAUUGGAGACACGGUCUGUAUUGACCUGGUCAUGGGCAAACUAGCACACUCUGAUGAGCCGCUCACAAUUUUCAACGGUGCACUUUUAUACGAGGAUGAUGUGUAAUACAACUUAACAUGACAGAGGUCGACUGCUGUUUCUUUUACACCAAUUCUUUAAUUAAGAGGAUAAUAAAAUGGCUAACAGUGGUCUAUAAUGUUUUCCUCAACACAAAAAUACAUGCAAUGGCUGCCACUGAGAUUUAUUGUUAUCCCACAUGAGAUAAAGACCUGCUAACUGAUUCUGGAAGACAUUAAUAUAAAUGAGUUAUAUAUGGUCUUCGUCACAAGCAAUAUACUAGCAAAUGUGAGCAUGGUAGGAAUUAGCCUUCAGUUCUAAAAGAUGUUCAACCCAAGAGUGCUGACAUAUAUAAUGUUAUAAUGAAGUCUUUACUUUGCAAUUUGUACUGUAAACAUGGAUUAUGAGAUAUUGCACUUGACACAAAAAGACCUCUGCUUUGUACAUCAUUCAAUGAUAUUUUAACCACAAGAACAAAAGAUGAUCCAAAUGUGUAAAUAAAAUUUAAAACAAAAAAAGUUUAGCCUCCCCACACACACAAUAGGAACCAGAAGCAGGCAAACUCGGCUACUUUUUUUCAAAACUGGAAAAUGAGGUACUUUGUAGAGCAGUCACAAGCGUUCAGAUACUUGUGACCAGUUUACUUGAUUUCACUGUAUUUUGACAGAAAAAAGCCUGCCUGUCUUAUUUUAAUUUGACAAUAAUAGGGUUUUAAAUCUAUAAAAGAAGUUUUUAGCAGCACUGUUUUUUGUUUUAUUUACACAAUUGAGGUAGAAUACCAGAGGAAUUACCUGUCUUCAGAAGUCUUCAGUUAAAUAUAUUUUAACAAUAAUCAAUCUGAGAUUCUCACAAUUAAGAAAAUAUAAUACUUGAGAAUUCAAUUACUUUUUAUCAUGCAAGUCAAAACUCCACUUUAUAAUGCUAAUGGUUUGAAUAGUAACAUUGCCUUUGGGAAAUGUAAUGCAAAAAAAAUAAAAAAAAUAAAUAAUACUUGAAACAAUCCAAGAGGUGUAGUAAACAGGUAUGUGUGUGUACAAUAAUAUUAAAUACCUUAUAACCCUAACUGUGGAGAACAUAUUUUAUGGUUUCUACAUAAGUGAGCUAAUAAUAUAUCUAACUGGAAACCAUCAAUUAUUUUUGAAACCACAUUGACUAAAGAAAAUAAUUUUUGUAUGAAACAUAUUUGUAUAUAUUUUUCUAAACUUUAUUGGUCUCUCCCACAAAGAUGGGAGUGUGAAAAAGUGCCUUGAGUGAAUGCAAUCAGGAAACAGGCAACUUAUUGCCCCAAUAAAGAUGGUCUUACAUUUGAACAAACCUCCCAUAAACACCAUGCUUGGGUGCCACAUGAAGUAAAACUAGGUUAACCACAAAUUUAAAGUACAAUACAUCCUAGCUACCAUGUUGGGUUGCUACAGAGGGAUUAGAUCCACAUUCAUCUCUAAACAGUGCAGUUGUCCCACACCAAUGUCUGUGUGCAGCUGGGUGAAUUAAGAGUUAAUAAGCAGUGUUGAAAAAAGAAAAAAGAAAAAAAAAAUUUGGCCAAAUCCUGCUUAUUAGUCUUUUAAAUUUGUGGGACAAAUAAAUACAUUUGCAUCUUUAGUGUUUAUCUGACCUAUUAGAAUAUAAUUAAGGCCCUGUGAAAAUCGCGAUUUCACGGGCUGCGCGGAAGUCAUGAAAUUAGUCCAAAACCGCGAUUUUUACAAUAUUCUUUUUUGUUGUGAUGACAUUUUUCUCUUUAUUAUUAUUUUGGUAGUUGAAAGAGCCAAUACAAAAUACAAACCAUCAAUCCCAAUUCCUUGCCCCCCCCCCAUCAUUCCCAGGGUGGCAUCCCUUUUCUCCCAAGCCCACUGAGGACCCCGAAGAUCUAGUUCAGACAGUGGUAGUUGUGGAUGAGUUUAAUAAUGCUUUAAUGUUGUCCGCCGCUGUUGCCCAGUCAGGCACAGUCCCCUCCCCAGCAGCAUGCAUCCGUGCGAUAGAAAGCUCCAAAUGCACAACAUCAAGAAAAGCAAGUGACCACUGGCGCCAGGGAAGGGAGUGCGGAGGCUGCCAGCACAGUGCAAUCAUUCUCUUCAGAGCAGUAAUGCCAGCCAGCCAAAUGCGUUUCUGCUGCAUAGACAAAAUAAGCGAUGAGUCAUCAUUCAACAAAAGGAUCAGCGGAGAGCAGGGAAUAUUUUCCCCAAGAACAUUGCACAGAGUUGAACAAACCUGCCCCCAGAACACGGCCACAUCGGGACAUUCCCACACCAUAUGAAAAAAGGUGCCUGUUGCUCCCUGGGGACACAGUGCACACACUGGGGUGUCAGUGAGUCCCAUUAGAAAACAUCUCCGAGGGGUUAAGUAUAUUCUAUGAAUAAAAUAAAAAUGGAUCAACUGAUGAUUAGGAUUUUUAGAAGCACAGAUCAAAUUGUUCCAAACAGUAUCCCAAGAAAUGUCCUCAUUAACAGGAGGUAGGUCCCUAUUCCAAAUGACAUUAAUCAUUAGUGGUUUAUAUGAGGCUGUCAGUAGAAGAGUAUAGAGCGUGGAUACCAGUCCGGUUGCCCUACCCCUUGCAUUCAGUAUAUUGUGUAAAGGGUGAGACGGUAGUUCUGUGCCCCAGGGAACACCAUAAGCACGCAUAGCAGAGCGAAGGCGUAAAUAAAAAAAAAGGAUGUACCAGGCAAAUGAUACAGUGAUUGGAGGACCUGGAAUGUGCAAAGGUAGCUGUCUUUUUAAUAACAUCUGCUAGAGUGUGAAUUCCCAUAUUAGACCAAUGAGGAAAAGCAAAAGGGCGACCGCCAGAUAGAAGGGCAGCAUUGUGAAAGAUGGGCGAGUGCGAGUACCACUGUGUUCCAAUUUUAAUAUGUCUUUCCACCAUUCGCCAUACUGUGAUCAAAUAGGAGAUAAUCAUAAUUGACAUUGUUUAAGGGAAAUACCAGAAUAAAGCAGGUCUUGUAAUGAGAACAUAAGAACAUAAGAAAGUUUACAAAUGAGAGGAGGCCAUUCAGCCCAUCUUGCUCGUUUGGUUGUUAGUAGCUUAUUGAUCCCAGAAUCUCAUCAAGCAGCUUCUUGAAGGAUCCCAGGGUGUCAGCUUCAACAACAUUACUGGGGAGUUGGUUCUAGACCCUCACAAUUGUCUGUGUAAAAAAGUGCCUCCUAUUUUCUGUUCUGAAUGGCCCUUUAUCUAAUCUCCAUUUGUGACCCCUGGUCCUUGUUUCUUUUUUCAGGUCAAAAAAGUCCCCUCGGUCGACAUUGUAAAGUUUUAACAUUACUUCCCUUGAUUUAAAUUCAACACUUCUCACAAUAUAUCCAAGCAUCUUGUUGGCCUUUUUUAUAGCUUCCCCAAAUUGUCUAAAUGAAGACAUUUCUGAGUCAACAUAAACUCCUAGGUCUUUUUCAUAGUUCCUUUCUUCAAUUUCAGUAUCUCCCAUAUGAUAUUUAUAAUGCACAUUUUAUUGCCUGCAUGCAAUACUUUACACUUUUCUCUAUUAAAUGUAAUUUGCCAUGUGUCUGCCCAGUUCUGAAUGCUGUCUAGAUCAUUUUGAAUGACCUUUGCUGCUGCAACAGUGUUUGCCACUCCUCCUAUUUUUGUGUCAUCUGCAAAUUUAACAAGUUUGCUUACAAUACCAGAAUCUAAAUCAUUAAUGUAGAUUAGGAAUAG